UCUGCCUGAUGCAGAUUAGUGAGGUAGUUGUACAGAGAGGGUCAGCACAGUGGGUGCUAGUCAUAUCUUAGCAGGUCUCCACUUGUCACUCCUCAUGACAUGGGAACGGAGACAGACCACUUAUUCAGUUGGACUAACACAGCACAGAUGACAGCUUCCUCUUAGCUUGGAAAAUCCCAGAUGGCUCUCACACAAGUACAGGACCAGCUUGCUAAAGGGGAAAGGAUCAAUAAGGAAACCGGAGAGCUGAGUGCUUCAGGGGAGUUAUCUGUCUCUGUGGAGUUGAAGGUGGAGAAAGUGGAGGGCUCUUGUGGGAACCCUCAACUCUCACAAGUGCUCAGAGAACAACUCCAAGCACUGGGAGUUCAUGCAUGCUCGAGCCCUGACCACAGGACUGACCAUGUUCCUUUGGAGCAGAGAGAGGAGCAUCUCAUCAAAGUCCUGCCUCUCUACAUACAGGUCUGUGAGGAUGGUGGAAGACUCGAAGAUCUGAACAUGAAGGGGCUUGCAGCUCUCACCGCCGAUACUGUCAUCCAUGACAUCCAUGACAGACUGACAGAAAGGCCUGCAGAGCAAGCUCGUGGCGAGGUGGUGCGGUUCUUCCAAAGGCACGAUACGAAGGAGACAAACUGUGAAGCGAAACACAAUAAAGGAUGGCUGCUGUUAAAGUCUCUGCUGCUGCUGACAGCAGACAGCUCAGAUAUAUUGUCCUGCAUAAACCCAGGGCUCCCUGCUGCUUUGGUGAAAUGUCUGUACCUGCUAGUGUGCCUUCCAGCACAAAAGGAAAACGUGGCCAUAGAAGAGACCUUUCAGGAGCCACUAACGCAGGUGCUCCUACAGCUCUGUAGGCAGCCAGUCAAUGUGGAGUGCCUGGUGGAAACUCAGGAGCUGCAGUGUCUUAUCAUUGGCCUCACAUCACUAUGGGACCAGACCAGCGCCACAUGGAGACACCAGGCCUCCCGUGUCCUCAAGGCGGUCUCUGCUGUAGCAACAAGCAACACUGUCCCAUGCUUGCAAGGCAAGAACUGUGUGCGCAUCUGCAUCCAGAACCUUUUGCAUAUCAGUGCUGAUGUCUCAGGACAGCUGCUCGCUGAGGUGGCCGUUGCUGUGUUCAGCUUCAUCAGAGACACCUAUCCUCUCAACCCAGCCCUCUUCGUGGAGUUUGACACCAACAACGGCUACAAGGUCUUUGAGAACAUCCUGAAACGCUGUGAGGACGGCAUUCCUGUGGAUCAGUUCCAGCCUGUGGAGGAGUUGCUAGCUCUCAUUGCGUCUUUCACCCUGCUUGGCAAAACUGAGCUGAAAGUAGCUCUUUGUGUCACAAACCCCCAGCCUCCAGCCUUUAAGUUUGACCCACCACUCACCAAAGGUUCAGCAGUUAAAAACCUGCCUGCCUUCCACCUGCUGCAGGCCUCCUUGCUGCGUUCUCAGGAUUCUCUGCUGUGUUGCCAGCUUCUUCGAACCGUGCAGACGAUAUGGGAGAGGGAUCUAGCCAAUUUCUUCCUGUUGGAGUGGACUGUCCAGUCGAUGGCCCAGCUGGCUGCCUGUGUGUGUUGUAAGCCAAGACCAGUCCAAAAACUGUUCUUCUCACUGCUAGAGAUGGUGAUAUUUAAGCUGAACUACAUCCCCCAUGAGACCUUGCGGGCACUGCUGGGUGUGCUGAAGCAGAGCUGGGCUGGGACACUAGCUGGAAGAGUGGCGGGGGUAGAGUUUGCAGUGGUGGCGCUCAAGUGUUUUCACAGGUUGACAGUGCACAGUGGCAUGCUAUCUGAGGUGCUGAGUGACUUGGGCCUGCUGGAGCUGCUGCUCAACGAACUUCGCCGGAGAGCUAAAAUCCUCAGGAAGGCUGGAGUUGUCUCUUCCCUUCAAAAAAAUCCCCAGCAGCUGCCAAGUGUGGAGGACAGUGAAAGACUGCUCACUACCUGUAUGCUUCAAGUUGUGUCGACCCUAACUUUGCGUUCAAUUAAAAACACAGUUUCAGUGCGAGACCUUGGUAUGGUUCCCUACAUAAAAAUCUUCUUGGAUGAGGAUCAGUAUCGAGGUCCCACUCUGAGCAUUUUGGAGCAGCUAGCUGAAAUUAAUCCUGAGGAGUUUAUGAGCACCGCCAUAGGAGCCCUCUGCUCCUCUACACAGCAGGAACUUGGUUUGAAGCGGGAUCUUUUGCAGUCCAUGUUGAAGGUGCUGGAGAGCCCCAACAGCUGGGACGCCUUCAGGAGAGCAGGAGGCUUCACAGGGCUGCUGUCUCUGGUGAUCGACAUGGAGGGAGCUCUGUCUGACCCUCCUCAGGGAGAAGUAUGGAAGUCCCUGGGGCACCAACCACUGCUGGACCUCCUCCUCCUCACUCUCCACAUUCUGGCCUUGGCUGUGCAUCUUCACACAGUAAAUGCACACCAUUUUGAGACUGGUGGUUUUUAUGAAAGGCUGGCAGAGGCUCUGCUCCAGCUGGGCUGUUUCCACACAGAAGGCCCAGAGACGGACAGGUUCGAUGGAGAGGAGGGCUCCUGUCUCAAGACCGCAGAGGACAGCCAGUCUCCUGGGAAGACUUUCCACCAGUUUGUUGAGCUAGCAGAGGCCCCUAAAGCACCCUCCUCUCCCUUCACCACGUCACAACCCAAUCUGCCUGUCACUCUUCGGACUUGUAUAAGGCUGCUCUCCUAUCUCGACCAGUUUGCCACAGGGACCUACUCUUCUUUGGAGUUAAACUUAGGACAAGAACCCGAGGAUGGGUGUGACAGAGAUAAAGAGAAACUAAAUGGACCAGCAGGGCAUGGAGGAGUGUAUUCAGGGUCCUCUGCUGUCCACUUGGGAUCAGGUCCGCAGUCUCUGGAGGACACACCGGGAAGAUCCAGAACCACAGCACCCAGUAUUUCCACAGUCUGUUCAGAGUCUCAGUACAGUAGGUUCACCAGCGACCAUAGUAUUCUUCAUCCAGGAGCAAUCCGCGUUAUUAUGACUCUCCUUCCAUCUGUGUUUACUCCCAAGGACCCACAGCUCUCUAUGGAGGUCCAGUUCUCACUGGCGCACCACAUCCAGGCCAUGGUUAAAUCUGAGCGAAACCGCCAGAUAGUGUGCGAGGGAGGGCUGGUCUCUACACUCCUAGCCCACUGUCGGAGCAUGUUAAUGGCUCCAAACCACCCGUUACAUCUACCUGUUACUCGUAUCCUGGAGAAGCUCUCCUCGCAGGCCAUCUCACACUCGGAUUUCAGAGCAUUCCUGUGUUUAGGGGACCCGCUCAUGUGCUUGGCAGAGAAGACAGCCAUGCAGUCACAACUAGAAUGUCCCCCUCUGAUCAAAGCUCCUGUUUCAAAUGGUCACAGUACAGAGACAGAUGCCUCAUCGGGAUCUUCGGUAAAGACACUGAAGCGGACCUUCAGCUUGUUACAGUCUUCGGCUCACAGUGAAUCCUCAGUUGGUAUAGCAAUACCUGUCCACCAGAUCAUCAGUCUGGUUUCCAUGACAUCACCACGCACUUUCAGGCCGCACAUAGUCUCUUCUUCGCCAGCCUUUGUAGAGUUCGACAUGAGUGAGAGUGGAUAUGGCUGCCUGUUCCUGCCGUCUCUGGCCACGGUGAAAGGAGUCACCGCUGAUUCAGUCGCAACAGGUGGAAUCGGAGGAGACUGCCGGGGUUUCCCCCCUACAGCUGGUCUCUCAUUUUCCUGCUGGUUCCAGAUCAACCGGUUCAGCUCAGCCUGUGAUUCCCACCCAAUCCGUCUACUGUCAGUGGUCCGCCACAUGUCCCGGACUGAACAACAAUACAUCUGUCUGUCUGUUACCUUAUCAGCAUAUGAUGGCUGUCUGGUCAUCUCCACAGAGGAGGAAGCAUUUACGUACCUGGAUAUGAUGGAGCCAGAAGUGUGCACUCCUACUUCUUUAGCCACAUCACUGAGAUUCCGCUGCUCCAGCAUGCUGGUCCCGGGUCAGUGGCACCACCUGGCUGUGGUCAUGGCCAAGGACGUGAAGAAGAGCUGUCUGGCUUCAGCCUACUUCAACGGCAAGGCAGUGGGGACAGGAAAGAUGAAGUACAUUCAGCCGUUCCCUGGUCAGUACGUCUCCAUGGACCCUGCAGCUGUGAUCGAUGUGUACGGUCUGAUAGGAACACCGCCUCUCUGGAAGGAACACGCUGCUCUAGUGUGGCGAGUGGGUCCAUCGUACCUGUUUGAGGAAGCUUUGAGCCAUGAAGCUGUGGGUGUCAUAUACACACAAGGCACCGCCUACCAGGGCAACUUCCUGGCUCUGUGCAACACAGACGCUGAGUCUGUCCCUCUCAGGCUGGUUCCUGAGGAGAGGAUCUCAUUUGGCAUCAACCCAGCAAUUUCUACACUAACAACUGUGGUGCAGAUAAGAGGGGAUUACAAUGAGGUGGACUGCAGACUGAUUGCUAAAGAGAUGGGGAUAACAUCUCGGGAUCAAUUCACCCCUGUGUUCUUGGCUCGAAACAUCAGCCAGCACCUGAGUGGUACGGCUCGCACCAUAGGAGCAGCCCUGGUUGGACAUUUUGGUGUGCGUACAUUCACCCCCAGAAGUGCAUCCAAUGGUUUCCUGUACGUCGGUGGGCCUGCAGUUGUUCUCAGUUUAGUUGCAAUGGCGCCAGAUGAUAGCUCUCUGUAUGCAGCUGUCAAAGUUCUUCUCUCUGUGCUGGAGACCAACUCUGCCAUGCAGCAGGAAAUGAACCGCAUCAACGGAUACAAGCUGCUAGCUUUUCUGCUGAAGAUGAAGCACAAUCUGGUCAGCUCCAGAACCUUUCAGUUGGUUCUGUAUCUGUCGAAGUCAGUGGAGCUGUGCUGCGGGUCGGGUUGCCUACAGAACACACCGGCUUUUCAGGCCCUGCUGUGUGACCUGGAGGUGUGGCAGAACACAUCAGACAAUCUGGACCUUUCAGUUCUGAACCACUUUGCUGAAAUCCUGACCUCCUCAAGCAGUGACAGCAGGAAUGCAGCGGCCAUGCACAGUAUGGGCCUGCUACCAAAGCUGCUGUUUGAGCUUUCUGAUCCUGUGGUGACUGUUCAGAAGGUUAAAAUCAUUGCUUGUGUCAUCACAUCGCUCCUAAAAGCUCAGUUCACCCCUCUGGACAUAAGCAGACUUGGGCUGUUCCUGGUCUACACACUCCCUCCUCUCAGUGACAUGAAAGAAGGCAGUGAGACAUUUGACAGUGAUCUUUCACAGGAUACGCCAGCUCAGAGCUCUGAUCCAGCCAGCCUCAUCUGGAUCCGCAACCAGCUGUUGCUCUCUGUUUGCGAAAUCCUCGACUCAGACAGCCUUCUAAUAAACGAUGGGCAGAAGGCCAUAUUCGAUGCCCUGGGCAGUGACUGGUUCCUGCUCUUCCUUCAGCCCCACCUUCACCCCUCCACCUUGAGACUGGGUCUCAUCCUGCUCACACACUUUCUGUCGAGUCCCAGUCAGCAGCGCAGCUUCAGAGAGGGGGUAAUCCCAGUGACACUCAUAGAGGGCAUGGAGGAGCCAUUUGCUGUCUUGGACAACCUUCGAGCCCAUUCCUGGUCUUACGAGUGCCUCAGCACCACGUGUCCAGGCUUUGAUGUUCUGCAGGGGCUGCUGAUCAAACACACUCACCUGCCUCAGGUAUUUGAAGCCGUGGCUGCUCUGCUGCUGGAGAAGAAGGCCAGUUACUCUGCAAAGGGAAAGGUGCAUGUGGAUGAUGUCCUGCAGUCACUGAUUGACAGCCAAGCAGAGUCUCCUGCUCAGCAGCUCUGUGUUGAAGCUGCAACUAUACUGCUGGAGUUAGUCAAAGUCAUCAUCACUCAGCCUGUUCCUCCAGCAAAGCACAUGUCAGGCACUGAUGCAUCAUGGGAGUUGCAGCUCCCAUCAAGUGUGAUGCAGUUUCUUUGUCUUCUCCAUAACCUCCGGCCCAGAGACCCACUGUGGGUCUCACCAGAGUUCCUUCACACACUCGCUGGAGUUGUGUACCCUGUGGAUGUUUCAGAGGGCGGGGUUGAGCCUUGCGUAACGAGUAAAGGUGAGGACACAUUCAAGGGUCAUCCGAACAGGAAGCCGGUGUGCGACUUCAUCCGUAUUCUGCUGAUGGACAGUCUUCUUAAUGUGUCUGCCAGCACCAACACACAUCCUCUCGUUCUGCUGCUGGAGUUUUCCCCUGACGGUGCGUCACUGGAGCAGAGACAGAGUUUCCAGACUGAGCUGCUGGAGUUGAUCAUGGACAUCAUCCACAUGCUCAGCAACGAAGAGGAAAACAAUACUCAUCUCAGCAUGCAAGACUGCAAGGGUCAGACGCCUGAGGGACAGAUGGGCACACUGAUGGAGAAUGUGGUGCUCUUCAGUAAGACUCUGCUGCAGAAACUUUACGGCGGAAUGUUCAUGGGACACUCUGAGAGUUUGAUCAACUUCCUCGCAGAUCAGAUUGUGGUGGCUCUGGAGAAGGGCCAGACUCAGAAAGAGAGGACGGUGUCGGCCCUCUACUCGUGCACCAAUAAAGCCCUGCUUUAUCUCCUGUCUCAACCAAGACACUCCCAAGAAGAAAAGGAUGGAGUGGUCAGGACGUUACAGGCUAUCAUGGAACGCUGGGAUGUUGUCAUGGCAACUUACAACUCAAACGUGAACUUCAUCACAUGCCUUCUUCAUUGUCUGUUACUGAUACGAUCGGGCAGCUACCCUGAAGGUUUUGGAUGUGGGGCCCAAAAAGCCCCCAGGAAAGGUUCAUCCCCUCAGUUUGCUCCAAGAAACAAACAUUCUGCAAGCCUCAGCAAUGGAGCAGACGUUACCAAAGAUGACAAAGAGCUAGUGUCCUUAGCGGAGGCCUGCUGGUCAAAGGUCAUGACGGAGAGGCAGCACACACUUGAAGAAACCUAUAAGAUAGAGAUCUCAGCGAGCCCCACAGCGGAGACAGGGCCUGUCAGCAUGACUGACAUCAGCCCUCUGUGGGAGGAGACGGCACACAAAACCUGGCUGCUGCACAUAGAGUCUCAGAGGAAGAAGUUAGCCUGUGGCUCUCCGAAGAAGUUUGAUAUGAUCAGUAACGCUGUUCGCUCAGCUUUAGGCAGACCGGGCAAAGAGUCAGGAACAGUAGAGGAGUUUCUGUCCUACAUGGAGUCACAUCGGCAGAGGGGCCACGGCAUGUUUGAGAAUAUGAGGACAAACCACUUACAGUUAAGAGCCAGCGAGUGGGAGCGAGUGAGCUCCAACUGGCUGCAUGUGGAGGCCGAGCUGCUGAGGGAGAGAGCUGUGUUCGGACCCGGCCCUGGGGUGCUGAUCAGCCGAGACUGGGUGCAAGAUGCUGCUGAAGGACCCAACAGGACUAGAUCACGCAUCCGCAGGAAGGCUCUGAGACGAUCCAAACGGGUGCUGGGAACGCUGUGUCUGGGUUUAAGGACUGGCAUGUCUGAGGAGAACAAAACAAGAACAGAAAGUGACGCAGAGCCAAAGAUCCUGUGUGAAGUCGGAGCAGAGGCAAAAGAGGAUGAAGAGGAGGGAGCAAAGGACUGUGACCAUCUGACGUUCUUCCCUGUCCUGAAUGAGACAACUGCUGUCACCGAGGGUGCACCUGACCCCAUCACCCCCGACCCCUGCUCCCACACACACGACUGCCACGACAUACGCAUCAUCCUGCAGGAGCUGCGCCCCGGAGAGGAGGUAAAGGCUAAGAUGUGUGUAGUGACAGUGAGUGGCCUCAGAGUGACGGAGGGGGUGCUGUUGUUUGGGAAGGAGAGCCUGCUCUUGUGUGAGGGAUUCACUCUGAGUCCUGGUGGAGAUGUUUGCUGCAGGAAACACCACCCCAGCAGUGUGAGGGAUUCCUUUAUGUCCACCACGCUGAGCAAAGAGCUGCCACCAGCCCGCUGCAGACGCUGGGCCUAUGAGGACAUCAAGGAUGCCCGCUUCAUGCGAUUCCUUUUAGAGGACAAUGCUAUCGAGGUCUUCAUGAAAAACGGACUCUCAGCCUUUCUGGUAUUCCUGAAUAAAGACCAUGUCUCUGCAUAUAAAAGGUUGUGUUCGGUAGUGUCAGCAUUAAAAGGCAGAGGGGUUGCUGAGGUCAUUGCUAAUGCCAGGAAGACUCCUGUGGUUGAAAAGGCAGCCCUUGUUAAAUGGCAGAGAGGGGAAAUAAGUAACUUUGAGUAUCUGAUGCAUCUGAACACCAUCGCUGGGAGGACAUACAAUGACCUGAUGCAGUAUCCAGUCUUCCCCUGGGUCUUAGCUGACUACCAGUCAGAUACACUCGAUCUGUCGAAUCCUGCGACCUUCCGUGACCUGUCUAAGCCGAUGGGAGCUCAGACAGAAAAAAGGAGACAGAUGUUCAUCCAAAGAUAUGAAGAAGUUGAGAACAUUGAGGGUGAAGGAGAUUUGUCAACACAGUGUCACUACUGUACUCACUACUCCUCAGCCAUCAUCGUCGCCUCUUUCCUUGUCAGGAUGGAGCCGUUUUCACACACCUUCCAGACACUGCAGGGAGGGUUUGAUAUCGCAGAGCGGAUGUUUUACAGUGUAAAGAAGGAGUGGGAGUCGGCCUCCAGAGACAACACAGGGGACGUCAGAGAGCUGAUUCCAGAGUUCUUCUACCUGCCAGACUUCCUGCUCAACUCCAACCACAUCCAGCUGGGCUGUAUGGAGGAUGGUACCGCUCUGGGAGAUGUGGAGCUGCCUCCAUGGGCGAAAGGUGACCCGCAAGAGUUCAUUAGAAUCCAUCGAGAGGCUUUGGAAAGUGACUAUGUGAGUGCCAACCUCCACCUGUGGAUCGACCUGAUUUUCGGGUAUCGGCAACAAGGCCCUGCUGCUGUAGAGAGUGUGAACACGUUCCACCCUUACUUCUACGCUAACAGAGGCCACCAGGAUGCUAAGGACCCCCUCAUCAAGAGCACAAUCUUGGGAUACGUCAGCAACUUUGGCCAGGUUCCCAAACAGCUCUUCACCAAGCCACAUCCGCCUCGCAGUGGAACUAAGAAGGAAGGAUCAUCACCAGCUCAUCCGACUCCAUUUUUCUUCAAACUGGACAAAGUGAAGACCACCGUGCAGCCGUUCAGAGAGCUGCCGAGGGGCCCCGUAGGUCAGAUACUGUGUCUGGAAAAAGAGGUCAUGGUCCUGGAGAGAAACCGUCUCCUCUUGUCACCUCUGCUGGGCUGCUUCUUCAGCUGGGGCUUCCCUGACAACAGCUGUGCCUUUGGAAACUAUUCCACAGAAAAGACCUUUGCUGUAUGUGAGAGUUUGUGUGACUGGGGGGAGACGUUGUGCGCUGCCUGUCCCAACCCAGCAACCAUCGUCACUGCAGGAACCAGCACUGUGGUGUGUGUGUGGGAUGUAGCUGUAAGCAAGGACAAACUCACUCACAUGAAGCUCCGACAGCCGUUAUACGGCCACACAGAUUUAGUGACGUGCCUAGCUGUGUCCGAGGUCCACAGCAUGAUAGUGAGUGGCUCCUGUGACCUCACCUGUAUCCUGUGGGAUAUGGAGGAGCUCAGCUACGUCACCCAGUUAACAGGACACACGAACAGUGUCUCUGCACUGGCUGUCAAUGAACUUACUGGCGAGAUUGCGUCAUGUGCGGGACCUCUGCUCUACCUGUGGACCAUGAAGGGUCAGCUGCUGACCUGCACUGACACUUCCUGCGGGCCUCGGGCAGACAUCCUGUGUGUCAGCUUCACACAGCGAGACCAGUGGGAUGCCAGGAAUGUAAUCGUCAUGGGCUGUGCAGACGGCAUCAUACGGAUAUGGAAGACAGAGUACACCAGAACACAAUUACCUGGCCCUCCAGAAGAGCCUGUGUCCCCAGGGCAAGACCGAGCUGAGAGAGACGUGAGCAGCUCAUGCGAGGUUAAAGGCUGGAAGAGACAUCUGGUAUUGUGUCAAGAGCUGGACAGAAGUCAGGCUGUGUCGCAACGCCGCAGCAAGAAUAAUCCGGCCAUCACAGCGCUGGCCAUGUCCAGGAGCCAUGCUACUCUGUUGGCGGGCGAUGCCUGGGGCAGAGUUUUCACCUGGACGUGUGAAUGAGAAAUGGCAGACUUUAAACACAAUCGUGCCUCCAGCCAUCAUUUCCACACAGCCCUUAUCCUCCCAGAGAGACUCUGACACAGAAAAUCCAUCAGCGUCUCAGGUCUGACACCAGCUGAGCAUUGACACCUGAUGUAUUUCAGAUCAGGUGUGUGUGUGCAUUAAGGGCAAACUGUUACAAUAUUUGGUACAUUCAAGCCUCAGGCGAUAUAGAUUAUUCUAUCUCCUACAUAGAUAUUUAAUUCUGUAUGUUACAUUGUAAAUACUGAAUUUCAACGACUUUGAAUAAAACUAUUGAGAGUUAUUUGUAAAAA